AUGUGUCGUCACGGCACCACGACGUGGAACUUGGCGAAGAAGUGGCAGGGUCAGCAGGAUACUGAACUGGCACCGGAGGGGAUCAGACAAGCUGAGGAGACUGGACGCCUCUUAGCCUCCAAGAUCGCUUCGAAGACGCCGAAGAUUUUCACCUCGGACCUGAAGCGCGCGAAGCGCACCGCGGAGCUCUACGCCGCGGCGAUGGCGACGACGGCGGGGAGCUCUACGCCGACGGAGGUCGAAGUGGAGGAACGGCUGCGUGAGCCCAGCUUGGGGAAGUUCGAGGGGAUGGUGAAAGGCCGGGAGAAGACUUGUGAACGUUUGCACAAGGCCUACUUCGAGGGUUUGGAGACGCCCUCGGAGACGUCGUUGCGCGUGGAAGCCCUGGCGGCGGAAGUGUUCGAGGAUGGUGACGUGGUCCUCUUUGUGACGCAUAGCAAAGUCUUGGAGGCUGUUCUGGCCAAGGUCUUUGGGAAGUUUUAUGAGGGUGUUCACACGUCUCCUGGGGCUUUCUUUGUUUGGAACUACAGUGAGACAAAGAGUGGCUCACUGGGAGACCUAGGAGAGCUUCAUCAGAUUGAGUGUCACGACUAUCAAGUCGAACAAUGA